GGCUCACUUGUUCUAGAUGAUCAUGACAUCCCCACGUGCAAAGUUUCUUUUUAAACAGUAAUGAUGUCGCUCAGAUCUCCAUGUCCACCCUGAAUUGUGAAUUUGGCCCAAAUGACAGAAUCUAGUAAGAGAUAUGUCUGCAAACUCUGUGGAGUCUCACUUGUGAUUCUCCAUUUGUCCUACUGCUCUGCAAUCUCUCAGGACGGAAAAAUCCUUUUGCAAAUAAAGGAGAGAGAUUGGAUUGACAGUCAUGGCGCACUCUCCAACUGGAAUGAGUCACACAGCGAUCCAUGCUCCUGGAAUGGGGUCUACUGUGACUCUGCCUUUUCUGUCACUCAAAUCAAUCUCACCGAUACUCUGAUAUCUGGAAAUCUGACUUCUGCCAUAUGCUCUCUUGCUAAUUUGACCUUCCUCACAAUCCAAGGGAACCAUUUUAAUGGUCCCUUUCCCAGCGCUCUGCUCCAGUGUAAGCUCUUGCAGAGGCUGGACUUGUCCUACAAUUUGUUCCACGGAAGCCUGCCCGAUGCAAUUCAUGAGUUGAGCGAGUUGAGAGUGUUGAACCUCGCAGGCAACGCCUUCUCCGGUUCCAUUCCACCUGCUUUCGGACUGCUCUCAAAGAUCGAAGCCCUGUUCUUCCAUGAGAACAGCCUGAGCGCCAAAAUCCCUUCUUUUCUGGGCAAUUUGACGACUUUGACCAACUUCAGCAUUGGGGACAAUCCCCUGCAGCCUGGUGUGGUGCCCAGCGAGCUCGGGAAUCUGAGGCGGCUGCAGGAAUUGUGGGUUUAUAAUUGCACCCUCGUCGGAGAAAUCCCCGAUUUUUUCGGCAAUUUGACAGAGUUGGUGUACUUGGACAUGUCGAAGAAUCGCCUCUCUGGUGAAAUUCCAACCAGUAUAACGGGUCUGUCGAAGAUGACAGUGUUGCUACUGUGGCAGAACAGUCUGUCAGGAAAAAUUCCGGCAAAAAUUGGUGAGCUAAGCAGCUUAUCCAUAUUGGAUCUUUCCGACAAUCAGCUGAGCGGUGAGAUUCCAGAGGGGAUUGCCAACCUCGCAAAUCUGGAUACUCUGCAUCUGAUGCAGAAUCAGCUUACAGGCCCCAUUCCUGCGCACCUUGACCAGCUUCGAUUCCUGACAAGAUUAAUUCUUUACAACAACAGUCUUACCGGCUUACUGCCCCAAAAUCUGGGCACCCAUUCCGACAUUUAUCAUAUUGACAUAGUAGGCAAUUCCUUUGAAGGCCCUCUGCCGAAGAAUCUGUGUAGCCGUGGAACCCUUUAUGGGCUGUCCAUAUUUUCAAACAGAUUCAAUGGAAGCUUGCCUUCGUCUCUGCAUGAUUGCAAGAGUCUUCAAUACGCUCUGCUUAACGACAACCGCCUGAGCGGGGAGGUUCCAGAGGGUCUCUGGGGAUCUCAAAGUAUUAUUGAUCUGCAACUUCAGAACAAUGAGUUCGGAGGCCGAAUUCCUGCUGCAAUUGGCCAAGCAAAGAAUCUGACCAGACUAGAGAUCGGCGGAAAUCAAUUUGGUGGUUGGAUCCCCCAUGAAAUUGGGGGGCUGACAAGCCUCCAGUAUUUCACUGCCGGAAAUAACAAUUUCUCGGGACCAAUUCCUCCUGAGCUUAUGGGUUUAUCUGAUCUGGAAAGCCUCAAUCUUGAACACAACAAUCUCUCUGGAGAGAUUCCGAAGCAGCUGGAAUCGAUGCAGCGUCUAAGCCUGCUCAAUCUGGCCAACAACGAAUUGAGCGGCCCAAUUCCAGAAACACUGGCGUCCCUUCCUAUUCUGACUUCCAUUGAUCUGUCGAACAAUGAUCUUCAGGGUAGAAUCCCCAUGGAAUUAGGGAGUCUGAACUUAAAUCAGUUCAACAUAUCGGGUAACGAUUUGUAUGGUCCGGUUCCUUAUGCUCUCAAUAAUUUGGCCUUCAAUAUGAGUUAUGGCGGCAAUCAGAAAUUGUGUGGCGGAGGCCCUCUGCAGCUCCCUGCUUGUUCUUCCAACAGAAAACUCUUGCCAAAUGUGGCCGCUUUUGUUGUAGUGAUAGUGUUGUGUAGUGCGGCAGUAGUGAUAUGCAUGAGUAGUAUAGCGUGUAUGUAUAACAAGCGCCGUUCAUUACUCCGCAAGGACAAAAGCCCUGAUCAAGUUAGCCAGUUUCAGUCAGAAGCAACCUGUACACUGACAGUCUGAGCUAAUAAGUUCUUUACGCUUCCUGAAGAUUAUAGCAUGUCUAUCUACGCUAUGUAUGUUCCUUGCAUGCGAAACGUGCUUCUUUAAAAUAUCAAACGAGUACCUAUACUCAUAUAUAUAAGUGCAAUGGUGAAGACCUGUUUUAGUAUUCUAUGGUUUCUAAACUUUUAAGGCCUCAGAUAAACUCAGAGAUACAGCAUGCCUGAGAAUGCCCAUCUAAAAAUGGCAGACGUCUCAUAUUGUGAGUUUGGUAUAUAAUUGUUCCUUUCACAGAUCAACUUCUCUAUGAUGUAAUUUUUUUAAAACACGAACUCUCAAACCCAUCGAAUAUUAG